AUGCCUUCCUCAAAGGUCUUUGCAGCCAUCUUGGCUGCUCUGGCCGUGGCCGACGCCAGCCCUUGUAAGCCCAAGCCCGUCACAACGAGUGGUUCAACCGCUGCCGUUGUGACUACUUCUGGCUCAACCGACAUUCUUUCUUCCACUGUUACUACUGAGACUGCUGCUACCACCACCACUGAGGCUGCUUGUUCUCACUACACUCCUUACACUGAGAUCAUCCCCGCUGAUUGCGGCAAGACUGGUGUUGCACCCAACUGCGCUGACAAGGUCAUUGGAUCUCCUAUCACUGUUACCGACUACGCUGCGUGUGGUAACACUUGUGGUAUGACUGUUGGCUGCAAGUCUUUCUCAAUCAAGGAUACUUCUUGUACCCUGUACAAUGCCCCCGUUUCUUCACUCGGAUAUACGUUCAACGAGGGCUCUGAUGCUAGCCACUUCUAUGACCUCGACCUUUGCUUCGGAUGUGGUGAGGGCACAACUACCUCUGGUACUGAGACUGCCACUGGAUCUCAGACUACUUCAUAUGAGACUGAGACCUCCUCUACUGGUUCUGCUACCGAGACUACUGGCACUGCUUCAGCUGGAACCACUACUGCUACCGGCUCAGAGACAGAGACUUCAGCUACUGGUUCUGAGACUGGAACAACAACUGCCACAGGAUCUGAGACCGAGACCUCUGGUACAGCCCAUGCUACGGGCACAACCGACACUGAGACCUCAGCCACUGGCUCUCAGACCGGGACCACAACUGGUCCUGGCGCUACCACCGAGACCUCAGCUACCGAGACCCUCACAGCCAACACAGACACAACAACAGCCGCUGCCACAACUACAACCUCGGCCGGCUGCACAGCAUACACACAAAUUGCCAACCCUCCUUACAACAACUGCAACGUUAGGGGCUCUGCAAGUGCGGGCGCCGUCAUGAGUCAACUCGCGACCUACGGCAACACCGCCAGCGCCAACGACUGUGCCCUUAAGUGUGCUAACUACCAUGAUGCCCUUCACCCCAACGAUAAGUGUCGCUCCUUCGCCUUGGAUGGGUCCAACACCUGCUAUGUCUAUAGCACUACUGUUAGCAGCCUGGGCAUCAACCGCAGUGGCCUUCCUGUGUGGGAGUUUAACGAUCUGGAUGCUUGCUACUCUUGUGAUGAAGGUAGUGCUACUACCACCACUGCUGCUGGUGUUGAUACCACUAGCACUGAGGCCGGAACUACUACGACCGAGACUGGCUCAGAGACUGGUACUACCACCGAAGCUGUUGGAUCUACAACCACUACUGAGGCUGGAUCUGGUACCACUACCACCGAGGCCGGUUCUGACACUACCACUACCACAGCCGCUGGUGUUGAUACCACCGCUACUACCACCACUGAAGCUGGUGCUGGAUCUACAACCACUGAAGCUGCUUCCACCACCACUGACUCCGUCUGCACCGGCUACACUCCCGUCCCCAACCCUCCCGCCGCAAACUGCGCCGUCAAGGGUAAGUCUAACAAGGACUCUCUCAACGACAGCCCUGGUACCAGCGCCAACGACUGUGCCGCCAAGUGUAGCGAGAUUUCUGGCUGCAAGUCCUUUGCUUACAAGGCUUCUGCCAACACUUGCACUUUCUGGGGUCUCACUGUGAGCCAGCUGCAGAUCGACAGCUGUGCUUCUGCUGAGGAGUCUGAGUUCUACGACUUUGAGGUCUGCUAUGCUGGUUGUGCUCAGGCUACUACCACCACUGAGGCUGCUGCAUCUACCACGACAACUGAGGCUGCUGUUGAGACUACUGCUACCACUACUACUGAGGCCGGUGAGGGUUCCACCACCACCACUGAAGCUGUUGUUGCUUCUACAACCACCACCGAGGCUGGUGAGGGUUCAACCACUACAACUGAAGCUGGCGCUGCUUCAACCACCACUAUUGAGGCUGCGUCUACCACUGAAGCUGCGUCUACCACUGAGGCUCCUACAACCACCACAACCGAAGCUCAGUCCACCACCGAAGCUCCCACCACAACCACCGAAGCCCCCGUCUGCACCAACUACAUCCCCCUCCCCAACGCCCCCUCAACCUGCGGCAAGCAAGGCAAGGUCUCCUGCCGCUCCGCCCAGAAGCUCGGCCAGGCCACAUCCGUCACCGACGUCAACGCCUGCGGCAAGCUCUGCGGCACAACCCUCACCUGCAAGACCUUCUCCUACAGCCCCAAGUUCCGCAGCACCGGCGGUUACUGCCAGCUCUACUCCGCACCCCUCUCCCAGCUCAGCUUCACCCCCUGCAACACGGGCGUCAAGUUCUACGACCUCGAUACCUGCUACACAUGUUCCAACACUCCUACGCCUACACCGCCUGCUACGUGCUCCAAGUACGUCCCUGCGUUUGAGAAGUGCGCCAAGGACACGCACUGCGGAACGCGCGGUGAGAUCUGCCAGGAGGAUAAGAUCAAUGUUGCGGGCGAUGCGUCGUGCCUUGAGAACUGUGCCAAGAGCUGUAUUGACUAUGGAAAGGAGUGCAAGUACUUUAGCUACCAGCCUGCGUUCUACAACAGCGCUGCCAAGUGUAAGCUGUACAAGGGUGGAAAGAUCAAUAAGAAGAGCACUUCUUGGGUCCAGUUCUACGAGCAGGAUUGCUUCAAGUGCCAGCAGUCCAAGUAA